AUGACCAAGCUCUUCAUUACAGGCGCCACCGGCUACAUUGGAGGCGACGCUCUUUAUGCAGUAGCAAACACGUAUCCAGACCUCGAGAUCACUGCACUUGUGCGUAACAGCGACAAGGGCGCAAAAGUUGCUUCUCAAUACGCCAAGGUCCGCCUGGUCUAUGGCGACUUGGACAGUACUGAGCUUCUUACAACCGAGGCUUCCAAGGCUAACGUUGUGCUUCACUGCGCCGACUGCGACCACGUAGGUGCUGCUACAGCUCUCGUUGCUGGUCUUUCCAAGAGUACCGUACCAGGUCCAAGCUAUCUCAUCCACACCUCGGGUACAGGUGUGCUAUCGUGGGCCGACUUCGAGGAGAAGACCUAUGGAUACCAUCGUGAGCACACGUACGAUGACUGGGAUGGCAUCAAGGAAGUCACAUCUCUGCCAGAUGCAGCAUUCCACCGUAACGUGGACAAGAUUGUACUCGGAGCCAGCAAGGGCGCGGGAGAGGUCAACACAGCUAUUGUCUGCCCACCAUGCAUUUAUGGACCCGGACGUGGCCCGGACAAUCAGAAAAGCGUUCAAGCUUACACAUACUCUGCAGCUACGCUGAAGCGUGGCAAGGGCUUCAUCAUCAACGAGGGUGCCAACAUCUGGACUGAGUCACAUGUUCAAGACCUCAGCAAUAUCUUUCUUGCGCUCGUCACAUCAGCCAUGGAGCCCAAAGGUGGCAAGGCAACAUGGAACGACGAAGGCUACUAUUUUUCUGAGACUGGUACUUUCGCUUGGGGCGACAUCGCAAAAGCUAUUGCAAGAAUUGCUCACGAGAAAAAGCUCAUCGAUACGGCUGAAAUUGACACCAUUACCGCUGAAGAUGCGGACAAGUUAAUCCCAAUGGGCAGCUACUUGUGGGGCACCAACUCUAGAUGCAAGGCUAGCCGUGCUAGCAAGGUAUUGGGUUGGAAGCCGCAGCAGAAGAGUCUGAUGGAUCUGUUGCCUGACAUUAUUGAGGGCGAGGCCAGGAUGCAAGGCUUAGUCAAAGGACAUGCUGUCAAGGCUGCUGGGGAGGCAUGA